AGACGCGCGGCCGUCAGCUGAUCGGCUGCCUGCUCGCCCGCUAGCCCCACCUGCCCUGUGCGCCCCGCGCUGCACUCCGCUGUCCGACGUCCCGACCCGCCGCGCCGACUCCACUCGAAUCGAAUCGAACCGACUGUCAUCGAUCAUGACGAAUCGCUCCGUGUUCGCCCGAGGCCUGCUGGUCGCCACGUUGUCGGUGCUGGCGCUCGCCGCCGCCGCGGCGGCCGCCACAGAGAGCAGCGAAGGCGACGGCGACAAGAGCGGCCCGGCCGCCGCGUCGGCCAGCACGGAGGCUCCAGCCCAGGCGGUCGCGGAUCCCGGCUCCAGCUCCAGCACGGUGGGCCCGCCGCCUCCUGCGGCCACCGACAGCGCCGCCGCGGGGUCCGACACUUCCAGCGUCGCCGUACCCAAUGACGUCAUCAGCAGCGGGAGCGCCAGGGAAGGCGCCGCCAGUCUCGCCGAUGCUCGUUUCAGCGCCGGCCGGCCGGAGGCUGGCGGCCGCAGCAGCGCGGUGAGCGGCCGCAGCAUCAGCAGCGCCAGCGGCAGCUCCGCCUCCUGGAACAGCGCCGUUCCAGCUCCAGCGCCCGCUCCGGUGCCGGCGGCGGACGCGGGCCAGUUCCACAUCCAGACGGACGAGGGCCCCGAGCGCUACUUCCGCUACCAGACGCAGAGCGGCCAGUACCGCAAGGAGAAGCGGCUGCAGGACGGCUCCGUCGUCGGCUCCUACGGCUGGAUCGGCGCCGACGGCGUCCUCCGCCUCCGGGACUACGUCGCCGACAACUCGGGGUACCGCGUGGUGCGUACCAAGUCGGUGUACGUGGGACGCGAUGAGCCGAUCGGCAGCGCGCUGGCCAAGAGCAAGUCUGCGCCCUCGCAGGGCGGCACCAGCUACCGCGCGCCCAUCGCCACAGCGCCCCCCACCCCGGCGCCUCUGCCCCUCUCCACGCCGCAGCAGGAGCCAGUCAGGCGGCCCGCCCUGGGCUACUCAGCUCCUGCCUUCAGCUUCAGCCCGCCGGCGUCGGUCAUUUACCCUGGAUACCAGCCCAUCUCGUCCAACGCCAUCCAGCCGCAGUACUCCGGUCUGCCGAGCAACUACCAGUACCAGACGGCGUCGCCGCCGGCGGCGGACCGCUACGACAACGCGGCGGCCGGCUACUACCAGAACACUGUGCAGCCGCCCGUGCAGGCGCACACGCAGUUCCCGCUCUACGACGGCAUCGCCACCACGCAGAACGGCUUCAGGUACUACCUGCCGCGUCAGUACCAGGAGGAGGAGACGCUGUCGCAGGACCGCCGCGCGGGCAGCUUCGGCUACAUCGACCCGUUCGGCAUCCGGCGCGUCAUCUACUACAACACGGCCCCAGACACCGGAUUCGUCCACCGCAAGAACAACCGAUACGUCGGCUUCGAUGCGACGCCCUACGACCCCCGCUUCUGAACGCGUCGCCGCCCCCAGUAGUAGCUCUCCUGGAAAUAUGGCCCU